AUGGCCUGCAGAAAGUCAGUGGAUGUUUCAGAGAAGCUGGUGGUUGGUCUGCUGGUUUAUGAGGCGCAGCUGGAAUUUCUUCUUUCGCCUCUGGGUUUGCGAAAGAAGGAUGAAGAUGGACUUGGGUCUGGAGAGGUGUCUGGCAUCCUGCCGUGGGAGCUGCAGGGUGAUGGACCAGUAAAAGUUACUGGAAAAAUCAGUGGCUUGGCUGAUGGAGAUCAUGGCUUCCAUGUCCAUGAAUUUGGGGACAAUACAAAUGGCUGUACCAGUGCAGGUUCUCACUUCAAUCCUGAAGGCAAGCAGCAUGGUGGACCACGUGAUGCAGAAAGGCACGUGGGAGACCUUGGCAAUGUGACUGCUAAAGGAGGAGUGGCAGAUGUGAACAUAGAAGAUGCCAUAAUUUCUCUUAGCGGACCACAUUGCAUCAUCGGACGUACCAUGGUGGUCCAUGAAAAAUGUGAUGACCUGGGUAGAGGGGGAGAUAAUGAGAGCAAAGUAACUGGAAAUGCUGGACCUCGUUUAGCUUGUGGUGUAAUUGGAAUAGCAAAGAGCUAAGUAUUGUAUGUGAAAUGCUUAAGAUGAGUGGUAAAUGGGCUGUAUUUCAUUGCAAGUGCUGUACUUGCCCUUCCUUGUGCAAGCAAAAGAUUUAUCACUUAAUCUCAUUACUACUCUGCGUUCUGACUAUCACUUAAACUGGUGAAGACUGAUUUAAUUUUGUAUGAUGUAUAUUGCAAUUAAAGUGACCCUGAUGGAA